AUGGGUUCGAAUUUUCAUUACUCUAUAGAUCUUAACGAAGAUCAAAACCAUCACGAACAGCCCUUUUUCUAUCCUCUUGGAUCUUCUUCGUCUCUUGUUCAUCAUCAUCAUCAUCAAGUUCCUUCUAAUUCCUCAUCUUCUUCCUCGUCCAUUUCGUCUCUCUCCUCGUACCUCCCUUUCUUGAUCAACUCUCAAGAAGAUCAACAUGUUGCCUACAACAACACUUAUCAUGCUGAUCAUCUCCAUCUUUCUCAACCCCUCAAGGCCAGGAUGUUUAACGGUGGAUCAUCAUCAUCAUACGAUCACAUGGUGCCAAAGAAAGAGACAAGACUGAAACUAACGAUAAGGAAAAAAGAUCAUCACGAAGACACUACCGAUUUUCUUCAUCAAAACCCGACAAAACCCACUUCAGACUCCGACAAGUGGAUGAUGUCCCCAAAGAUGCGGUUGAUCAAGAAGACAAUCACCAACAAUAAACAGCCCAUUGAUCACACUGAUAAUAAUAAUAGUCAUAAAGAAGAUCAAUACCCUUUAAAUCAUAAGACUAGUUUCGAAGAAGAUCACAAUGAAGAUCUCAAGAAAGUCUCGACCAGGACGACCAUGGAAAGCCGCUACGAUACAAUAAACGAGAAUGGGUAUGGUAACAACAAUGGCGUGAUUAGAGUUUGCUCCGACUGUAACACCACCAAGACUCCUCUUUGGCGAAGUGGGCCUCGAGGUCCCAAGUCUCUUUGCAACGCAUGUGGCAUAAGACAAAGAAAGGCGAGGCGGGCUGCAAUGGCUGCGGCCGUAGCUGCGGGCGACCAAGAGGUGGUGGCGGCGCGGCUGCAACAAUUACCAGUGAAAAAGAAGUUGCAAAACAAGAAAAAACGAUCUAAUGGAGGAAACAAAUACAAUCUCUCUCCGGUGGUGGCCAAUGCAAAAAAGUGCAAGACCAUAGAAGAAGAAGAAGAAGAGGAGGAGGCGGGCACAGUUGCCGGAGAUUCGGAGAUCAGCAAAUCGAUAACUUCUUCUGAUUCUUCAGUUUCGUCGAACAAACUUUGCUUCGAUGACUUGACGAUAAUGUUGAGCAAAAGCUCAGCUUAUCAACAAGUGUUCCCACAAGAUGAGAAGGAAGCUGCUAUUUUGCUCAUGGCUCUGUCGUAUGGAAUGGUUCAUGGUUGA